UAUGUUAUUCUCAUAAUAAUUAUAUCUGGUUUACAUUAGUUUUUAAUUAAGUAGUUUUUGUUUAAAAUAUACAAUAUUUUUUAUUUAAAAAUAUAAAAAAUAAUAAAUACCUAAACAUUUUAUAUUAUUGAUGUGAUAAAAUAACUUGACAAUAAACAAAAGGAUGCUGUUGAAGAACUUUGUUAUAAAUGGACUUAAGAAUCCCUCACUAUUUUUGCCACAGAAGUCUAACGUAUUGCCUAGAUUAUUUUUGCCGACAACACGUUGUCUCAGCACUGAAUUAGCAGCUGCAUUAAGGCCCUUUUAUUUUGCGGUACAUCCCGAUCUCUUUGGUCAAUAUCCUGAACAGCGUUCCGUCAAUGAAGAUUCCUUAAAGCAGCUAAGUUCACAUAUGCAAAUGUUAUAUGAACGUAAAUAUCAUGCUUUACGCGAAAAGAAAAUAUUAAAAUUUUACAUACGCGAAGAAAAUGUAGAAGAACGCAACAAGUUUAAGUUAAUUAAAAUAACACUGGAUAGUCGUUCACAAGAUCCAAAAAAAAUUAUUCAGGAAUUAUUGGAAUUGUGUAAUUUAUCGACGGAUUAUAUAAAGACUGUUAAAAGCGCGCCAGUGAAACCUAAUCAAGGAGCUUCUUAUGGUGGUGGCAGUGGUACAAUGGGUUUUAGACCAGCUCAAGAUUAUAAUUAUGGUUCAGAAUUUGCAGGAUUCGAAAGUUCAUAUUAUAAGGCAAAGGAGGAAAUAAAGAAACCACUUGAUACCUGGAUUACCGAUAACGCCACUUUGGCUAAAACGCGUUCCAAAGAUCUUGAGUCACUCAAAGCGGAUGUAUAUAAACUUCAAAAAACUGUUAUUCAGAAUUUAGAAUUAAAAGAUGCACGCUACGAUUGUGGUUGGAAUUUUGAACAUUAUCGUGGUUGCCUCAAAACUCUCGAACGUCUCGCCUCUAUGCAUGGCGAACACAUGAAACAUUUAAAAGGUCGCGUUGUGGUAUUUGCACCCUUUACAGGCAUUAGUUUAGAGGGUCAUGUUAUGCUCUUCACCGGUGAUGUUCUUAACAAUUGGAUUGAAUUCAUACGAAACAUUCCUAGCCACGAUGCUUUCCUCAAGAAAAUACCCAUCUAUGAAAAUACACUAUCACGUGUUCUGAAACAAAUAAAAAUAGGACGACGAAAAUUUAUGCCGAAACAACAGGCAGUGGAAUAUGCGGGACAUCUAAUGAAAGUCACCACAACAUUGGGUGACUAUUUGAGUGUUAAGAAAUUUCCAAAAUCUUGGCCAGAUACAUUACAGGAUUAUGAAAUUGUUAUUGAAUCCGAAGCAGGUCCAUUAAUGGUAAGUCCAACGGGACAAUUGAUAGCACCCGCUACUUGUCCCGGUUUUAUGUUAGUCGAUUUUAUAACAUCCAAUCUAGAAGUGGCAAAGGAACGCAAUCAAAAAUACCAAGAGGAAAAACAUAUCGAAAGAGAUUUGACUGAAAAAUGCAUUAAACAAUUGUGCCUAAAAUCACUGACCAAAGACGAUUCAGUGACACCAGAAAAAAUGAUUGAAUCACUAAGGGCACUACUCAAAUACAAUUCGUCAUUGUUUAAAGAUUUAGAAUUGCAUAUAACAAAUUUUUAUACAGUUUUAACAGAUGGUAUAGUCUGCAUACCAUGGGACUUUGAUAAACGAUAGUAUUUAUUUAUUCUUAUAAUUGUUAGUUUAUGUAUAAAUAGUUUUAUUGACUUGACUUUUAAUAUAAUUAAUUAAUUAGUUCCUUGUCGAAAAUGUUUAUAUUGUUAUGUUAAUUUAAAUGACUACGAAAUUAUAAAUAUUAUAAUUAGUAUAAACUAUUAUUAAGUUUGUGUGGUUUUUAACAAAAGCCAAAAAAGAAAGUUUUAUAUUAUUUAAAAUAAUACCAAACAAAAGAGGCUUUAAAUUGAAUUGUAGUGUAAAAUAUAAUGAGAAAAUGUGUUAAAGUUAGUAAGAUAAAACUUGAAACUUGUCAUUAGACAAAAAUUACAAAUAAUACAUAAAGGCUUUAAGUUUUAUUUUCACAUAAAUUAAACAAUUAGACUUAACCACACUUUGUACUCUGACGAUAUAAAUAAGUAAACAGUUAUACAAAUUUUAACAAAUAUUCUAUUAAUGUAAUAUAAAAGAUACUAAAAUGAAUUGUAAAUUGUGUAUUUUUU